AUGUGCUUCAGACCGCACGAUUUGCUGAAGGCUCUUAGAUACUUUUCCCUCUUCACUCAACCAGAAGCAGCUUCGGAUUCAAACACGAACAACCAAAACCCAAAAGAAUUGUUUUAUGCCUCAACUCACUUUCAAUUUCCUAAACAGACAUUUUCUGUGGAACCUUUUUUACGGUUCUGUCCGAUUACAGAAUCGAAACUUGUUAACUUGAAAGUCAGAUUCACAUUUAUCAGUAUGAGGGAUGAGUACAUAAUGGAACAUAUGGAAAUUAAUGGCACAGUGGUUUUGUCACAUAAAUUCAAAGUGAAAGCUGAAAGAUGGGUUGAAAAGUCUUUUUAUGCUUGA